UUCAACCAGCUGAGAGGCCGUUUUGUUUGACAGGAGAAUUUGUUAUUUUCUUCUCUGCCUCUCGCGAACUUGAAGAGCACGGAGGAAGAGGCCCUCGAAAGUGCCCUCUUAAUCCUCAAGCCAUCCUCUGGCAGCUGGGCAGGGGAUGGACGUAAGCUGUGCUGACCAUGGCCGAAAAAGCAGCACCCACUGUUUUCUGCGAGGAGGUCUUCGACGAGAACAGUUUACCAUCAGAAGACGAAAUUCGAGAUUAUGCGUUGAAAAUUGGAAUCCAGCCAGACAAGGAACCACACCUGCUUUCCCUGGCCAAAGAUGGUCUGAUGAAGGCGCUUCCCAGCGGCUGGACCCCAUGUUUUGACCACCGAAAAAAGGCUUGGUACUACUUUAACUACGAAAAUGGCACUUCGCAAUGGGAGCACCCACUAGACGGUGUUUACCGUGACCUGGUCAAGAAGACGAGGCAGGAAUCCCUCAGCUCUGGUGGUGAUGACAUCUCCUCACUCAAGGAUGACCUCAAAAGUCUCGACGACGCCUCCAGUCUCUCAAAGGGAGGCUACGUUGGAUCUGGCGCCCUCCUCCGCAGAGCCACCACUCAAUUGGGGCCACUCAAAAAUAUGCCAUCAAAGCUUGAACCAAUCUUCAUGGUGGACCAAAAUAAUCUGCUGUCACCUAACUUUAAAAUGACGCCUCGUCCUCCACCAAGUCCAACACCUCUCAGUUCAGAGGGCGGAGACAUCUCUGUCAAAGAUGAGCCACCACAGAAAACCGCGCCAGGUAGAACGGAACUGAAAGUAUCAGGUGGAGGAUCAAGCUUUCUAAAAAAGGUGGCGCCUCAGCCGUCAACAGACACAUCCUCGUCAGAAGGUGUUGAGGACAAAGCUGUGACGGUCAUCAAAGGCUCCACAUUGGAACCGACAAGAGGCAUUCUGAGAGAUAAGUCACCACAAAGAAUUUUACAGGAUGGAAUCUCAGAUAAAAUCUCUGAUGGAGAAGACGAAAAGAAAAGCGUUCGGUUUAAUUUAGUGGAAGGCGCAGGAGUGCAAAUUAGAGUUUUUGAGGAAGAAGACAGUGAAAGCAAAGAGACGGAACUAGAGGAGAAACAAUUAGUUACGAUUGAGCCGGUUAAGGAAAUGUUUCAAAAGCCAGACUUUGACUUUAUGGCUGAACUAGAUGAUGAAGAAGAAGACGAAGAGGAUGUUUGGAUUUUUGAUAAAAAUUUAAAAGUUGAAACUGAUUUGAACAAGAACCAAUCCAGUAAUGUGGUCAUCGAAGAAAUUUUGUCUGAAAAUGAUAAUGGAGUUGAAGUGAAUGCAAACUUUGAGACGCAACAGCAAAAGCUGCAGAUCGAGAUGGAUGAAAGGAUUUUCAAGGUGAAAGAGUCUUUGGAGAAACAAGAGGCAGAGAGCAUCAAUAAGCUAGUUGAAGCAAAAGAGGCCAUGGUCAGACAGAUGGAAGUCAAGAUCGAAGCCGAGUUGAAAAACCGUGAGAAGAACAUCAGAGAAGGGGCAGAGCGAACACUCGAAAAGCUGAGAGACGAGCUUGCCUCAACAAUGGAGAAGCAGCUUUCGGCCAUAAAAGUAGAAAAGCAGGUUGCCAUUGACUUGGAAAAGUCGGAAAUGAAGAAAUAUCGAGAGACGCUAGCUGCUAAUUUGGCACAUUUAAAAUCCGAGUUAGAUUUAGAGUUUGAGACUAAAUUUCUAAAAAACAAAGCGGAACUUGAAAAGGAGCACGAAGAAAAAUUAAACAGUCUGAGAGAUCAGUUUGACUCCACUUUAAAGAACAAUCUGGUGGAACAGAAAAAGCUAAAGCAGGCAGACCUUCAGAAACAACUUGAAAGCCUAGAGGCGGACCAAGCGGGAAAAUUGCAAACCCAGCAUGAGCAGAGAUUAAAAGAGAAAAAGGCGGAGUUCGAAAGACAACUAAAGGAUGAGUUGGCCAGAUUGCAACGGGAGGCUCAAUCUGAAAAGCAUAAAAAAAUGGUUGCCCUCAAGGAAGAUAUGGACCGGCAGCUGGAUAAGGCUCGAAAUGGUCUUCGAGAAGAUCACAACAAGAUCCUGGACAAAAUCAAGACAGACCAGUUGAUUUCUAUUGAAACUCUGCGGAUGGCUCUUCAGAAGGAGGAAGAGGAGAUGCACGUCAUGCAUAGGAGUAAACUGGCAGCCCUGAGUGAAAAGUUGAACGCAGAGUAUGAGGCGCGUCUCAAGCGCCUCAAAGAGAUUGCGGACCGAAAGACUAGGCUGCUGGAAGAGGAGGACGCGCGUGCCUCCAGAUAUGAGCACCAGGGCGCCAUCGCUCCACCCAGGAGCUUUGCUGAGACUGAAACUUUGAGCAACCAAAGAUGCGAGCACCUCCAGAGACAGGUGGAGCUUUUGUCCAUCAAGCUGAAGGACUGCCGAAAGCAGUUAGAGGAGGCUCGAGCUCUUCGACCGGACGACCGAGUUUUUGAAAAGAUGCGUUGUGAGAAGCGGCUGCUGGAGGACAAAUAUCGCACCCUCAAGGAUAAGUAUGUCCGACUCAAAACAGACGUGAAGCAGACUCUGGAGAAACGCAAUAAGAAGCGAUUGGCUGUGUCAAGCAAUGCUGGCGGCGCCACCACAGGUUCCGAGACGGACCGCUCUAGUUCCCAGCGCGUCGGCAAACAGUCCAGAAUAAAAAUUGUGGAGACCGCUGCUUCGGUUGGCGCCGAGUCUGCCUCUGAGGCCAACAACAAUAUCAACAAUAACAGCAGUGCCAUUGACAGUACCUUGGCCAGCAGUCUGAAGGAGAGUCUUGUGGUGUCACCACCACCUACCGACUCAAGUGAUCGCACCUCACCGCCUGUCAUGCAGCUGAGAAAGGCUAAGCGCCACCAGAGCAAACUCAAAUCCUGCUCCACGCCGAGACUGGACAGAGGCAGGGACACACUUGUCAACCCUGUUGAAAACCUCAGGUCGCAGCUGCAGCAACUCGAGGACCUUGAAGACUUAUUCCCAGCCUCCACCCAUGUGGACACUUACCUGCGCUACCCUUUCCCUGAAGCAGGUCAAGUGGGCAGUUGCGAGUUAGAGUUUUUCCGGCACCGAAUACAUUUAGAGAGGGAUUCGGUUCAAAAGGCCAAAGCCUUUCUCAAACAGCAGCGGCACACUUUUGCAAAUCGACAGAGAGAACUUCACAAACGCCAGUCUCAGAUGACCCUCAGCCCGAGUCCGUCUUCUUCAAGGCUGCACUCGGAACUUGCCAAGGAUGCCGUCAUCCAAGAGGAAAGAGAGUUGUCUGAGAUGGAGGUGAGUCUGCACAGAACACGCAGCCUUUUGGGUGAGAAAAUCAUCAGACUGAGGCAAUUGGAGCACUCCCUGCAGCAGCUCUCUUCCACGGCUAAUAGAAACAAGUCAACUGACGCCACCCUCAGUGACUUGUCAUCGCACAGUGGCAGUUCCGGCUUCAGCAGCAAUGACCACGCCAAUGACACCAAAACUGGGCACAAUCCAAAGUGUCCAAAACACUCUGAAUCAAGCGAAAUUAUCAGGAGUUUGGAAACGCUCAACUCGGACAUCAGAAGCUUGUGGGAUCUCUUGCAGAGACACAAUGUAGAAAAAAUCCCAACUGGCCCCCCACCUUUACUAGUCCCUGGAUCAGAGUCCCCUUGGCCUGCCCUUGCCAACUUAGCAGAGCAACUGCAGCAAAUUCGUCUGCAACAGCAGGUGGCUUCGAACAACAACCUUGCCGCAGUCAGUGGGUCUGCUAUCAGUCUGGCCGAGCGGGCCCAAGGGCUGCGUGACUGGCUUCGUCGGACAAAACUCGAUUCCGUUCAGAGCAAUUCUUCAAAAAAUUGAACCUUUAAAUAUUUUUUGAUCUCUUUUUUAUUUGUAUUUGUUGAUCUCAUAACUUGACUGAUUUUUAUUUUUUUACAAAUUUUAUUUUAUUUUUACAAUUUUAAUUCAAAACUUUUGUUCUUUACCUCUCAUGGAAUCACGUGAUAGAAUUACACAACAUGUUUGUGAUGUUAACGACUGCAAGUAGGGCGAGAUUUUUGCAAGUUGAGGGAGCUCUAGGCCAAGUGUACACUUCUAAAGAUAUUCCUAGCUCAUUUAGAGUGAGAAGUCUCAAAGUAUUGCCACACGCAGCAAUAUACUCAUUGAAUAAUAAAUUAUAUCCUAUAAUUAACUUUAGAAUACGGAUGCAUUGGGAAUACAGCUCUUUGAUAAUUGCUUCAUGUUCGAACCAUAUUUUCGAGAAAAACUAAAGAUCUCUAGUCUACUAUAAUACCAAUGUUUAACUAUUGUCCAUUCCAUAGAAGGCCUACCAAUUGAAAACUUGACCUUUAUUACACUCGUCUUUAUCUAGAAAGAGGUACUAUUGUGCCCUGGAUGCAAUUCUAUCUUGUUAUGAAAAAAAAUUAUAUUAUUAUUCCUUCUCAUAAAAUUUAAUCCUGGAAAAUCGUUUCCACCAAAAAAAGUCACGAUAUAUCAAAAAACUAGUAGGUGUUUGUACUCUCGAAUAAUUGAAAAAAAUGGUGCUUGUGUAUUCAUGCGCAAUUCAAAGCUCUCUAUAGCCAUUAAAAAAUGAAUUAAAUAUUUUGAAAGUUUGAAACCUAAAAAUUUAGGAAACACGACCUAGUUCGUCAUUAAAAACCGGUUUUUAAUUGCACUGUUUUGAUUUUUUUAAAUGCAAUAAUCUCACGUAUCAUUCUAAAUUAAUUUUAAAUAAAUGUUCAAAAUAUCAUCUCGUGUGUCAGAUUUAAAAAACAGAUCCAAAACUACUAUGAUGUUAGUGCCAAAAACGCAUUUCACAAAUUUUCCCACAACAAAAUAUUCCUUUGAAGGAUGCAGUUUGAAUUAUUAUAGUAUUAUGAUGUUCAAAAUUGUAAUUAAAUUAUUACACUUCUUGUAUUAUCCAAAAAAUUCUCAAAGAUUUUGUUCGUGCAUGUGUUCUCUACUGCACUUAUUAAUGGAAUAAAGUUAUU